AUGCUGUCUGCCUUGUCGAACCACCUGCGCAGUCGCCGCGUGAUCCUCGCGUCGCAAAGUCCUCGGCGCCUGGAGCUUCUCCGUGACUGCGGUCUCACUUUCGAGGUGAUCCCGUCCACAUUCGAGGAGAACCUGCCCAAGGAGCGGUUCCCGACACCCGACCUCUAUGUGAUCGAGAACGCCAAGCAGAAGGCUCUGGAGGUGCUGAACCGCGUGUCCAAGGACACGGAGGCGGGCUCCAAGCUCCCCAUGGUCGUCAUUGGGUGCGACACCGUCGUGGUGCAGGACGGAGUGAUCCUCGAGAAGCCCAAGGACGAGCAGGACGCCUUCAACAUGCUCACCAAGCUCUCGGACCGCCCCCACGAGGUCUUCUCUGGGGUGGCACUCUUCACAGCCGAGCGGGGCGCCGACAACCCGCACCUGUUCUUCGAGAAGACCAGCAUCGUCUUCGGUCCGCUCGAGCCGGAAGACAUCCGCGCUUACAUCGCAACUGGCGAGCCGAUGGACAAGGCGGGAGCUUAUGGCCUUCAAGGUCGUGCGCGCUGCUUCGUGCAGGAGGUCCACGGGUGCAGCAACAACGUCAUUGGGUUCCCCGUGCAGCGUUUCUGCCAGGAGCUCAAGGCGCUCGCGGCGAACAACGAGCUUUAG